UUUGUUCGCAUUGGAGCAAAAUAGUCUGGAUAUUCGCCGACUUGGUGUGCUUUCGGUGGACGCGCUAUAACGAUGGGCAAGAAAAAGAGAAAGGAACUCAAGCCUUGGUGCUGGUACUGCGAUAGAGAAUUUGAGGAUGAGAAGGUCCUAUUUGAUCAUCAGCGGAUUAAGCACUUCAAGUGUACCGAGUGUGGCAAAAAGCUCAACACAGCAGGAGGAAUGGUGGUGCAUAUGGAUCAGGUUCACAAAAUGAAGUGCAUGACUGUGUCAAAUGCUCUACCUGGCCGAGAAUCAACAGACAUCGAAAUUUUCGGAAUGGAAGGUGUGCCAGAAGCAGAUUUACAAGCUCACUACGACAAAGUAUCAGGAGGCGGACAGCGCAACAAGCGAGCGAAGAUAGACGUCAGUGCGCUAACGCCGGAUCAAAUCAAGCAGCAAAUGGAGGCCUUCAAGCAACAGCAGCAGAUGGCACCAUACGGAGCGCCGGCACCUGCGCCGUAUGGCGCCCCUCCUGCGGGACCAUUUCCAGGACCAGCUCCAGGAUAUCACGUCCAAGCCGGGGGGCCACCUUACGGAAUGCCGGGGCCUUACGGUAUGCCACCACCGGCACCUUACAUGCCACCGGGUGGAGGUUAUCCAUAUUCCCCGCGACCUGGAAUGCCUCCUGCAGGUAUACCACAGUACGGUGCUCCUCCAUUUGGUGCUCCGGGGCCGCACUGGGGCCCACCCCGGCCACCUAUGCCGGUCGGUGGAACCCCGCUUCCCCCAAGACCAGCAGGACCGACACCGCCUCCACCAAUGCAUCCUAUGCCUCCUCCGCCGACUCAACCUGCAUACAGCGAACCCCCGGCAGGUGCAGUAAGCUACAGCGAUGCCAUACCUGCUGUCCCUGAAGUUGCUGCUGUUACUGGACCUACUAUCCCACCUCCCGUGUCGGGACCUGAAUCCCCUGUGACACCAUCUAUGAGUACGAGUAAGGCUGGAUCUGCCUCGAUCUAUAUGGUGUACUCGGAUAACGAUGUUUCAGUGGAAGAAAAAAGGGCCCUAAACCCCAAAUACGCUUUCAGUGAAAAUUAAUUGAGGCUCGUGGAAUACCUUAGCCCAGUUUGUCUAUGUUGGAAACGAGGAAGAGUACGCAAAUACAUUCUGAUAGUUCUUUUUAUGCUACAAUCGGUUGUGGUUAGGUGCAUCCACGACGAGUCCGCGUUGCCAGCGCUAAUGCCGAUGUCGCCUGCGCCUGAACGGUCUGCUGAACCAGGUAUUUAGCGACAUCAUAGAUAGUCCGGUGCUUUACCCUUGUUGGCUUGUCUUCACAUCCAAGGACGUUGGUAAUAUAUCAGCUGCAUACGCACAGCUUCAUCAAAAUAGUCCCGCAACUACCGAUAUGUUGUACUAUGAGUCAAUCGAUAUUCCAUAUACAAAGUUG